AUGCGGCAGGAGCUCCGGCAGGAGUUCCACGAGGAGUACCGGCGGUGCCUGGAGCGGUGGCUCGGCCCCGCCGGGCCCUGCUCGGACCCUGCGGUGGCGGAGCGGCUGCGGCAGCGGCUGCGGCGGGAGCCGGCGCUGCUUGGGGCCCUGCAGGAGGACGGCCCGGCCCUGCUGAUCCGGGGGCUGAGGGGCCACCCCGACCCUGGGCUGGCGCUGCGGGGCCUGGCCGGCGCCUUCCGGCUGCUGGAGAUGGCGGCCCUCAACCUCUACCUCUUCCCCUGGCGCCGGGAGUUCGGCACCAUCCAGCCCUGCCCCUCGUUCUCCCUGCAGACCUUCUCUGGCGCAUUUGUGCACCUGUUGCGCCCAGCGCUGCCCGAGGCUGACCUGCUGCGGAGUCUGGGCCGUCUGGGCUACGAGCGGCGGGACCAGCACCACCUGGCCGUGACCCAGCCACCCCCGGGGCCAGAGCUGAUCGCGGCUGCCGCGGGGUUCCUGUGCUGCCGGCUGGAGUGUGAGAUCCUGGGGGAGCUGGUGCAGCAGCUGCAGCCAUGCCAGCCCCGCGCCGAGGAGCUGCUGGAGGCACGACACCAGGCCAGGGACGGCCAGAGCUGCCCGGAGCUGCUGCAGGACCCGGGGAUACAGUAUGGGGCAGCUGCUGACUGUGGUGAUGGCGUGGAUCUCUACCAGGACACACGGGACAGCUCCGAGGACACAGGGGGUGCGGACAAAGCCCCUUUAGCGCAGUGGAGGGACCCUCAGGACGUGCCUGUGAGGGGCUGGGGAUGCUGCAACGAGCCAGAGCCUGUGGGCAGUGCUGAGCUGGACACCUCUCACCUCUUCCCGGAGCAGGAGCUCACAGGGGGCAGCAGAAGCCCCCAAGCGCUGGGGGAGCCCCAGGACACCCCAGAGCUGCCUUGCUACCAGCUGCACUCGUGCCUGCGCCGGGGCACACUUCCCUCAUACUGCUGCAGCACCUGCCGGCAGCUGCAUGCCGGGGGCUGUGCCGCAGGCCACGCCUGCCGCAGCCAGCACCGCGGGCAGGAGCUGCGCGGGGAGCGCCAGCAGCGGCUCUGGCUGCAGCGCACAGAACUGGACAUGCUGCUGGCCGACAGCUCCAGAUCCUGCUCCUAAUAACGCUGCUGCUGGAAGGGCACAGGAGGGGCAUGGCCCCUGCCUGGCCCCUGCAGUGGGAACAGGGACAGCCACUGCUUGGCACAAGGACACUGGACUCGUGAACCCCCUGAGAUGGCAGUACCUUUUGCUGGGCUCCAGGAGGACAAGGACAGGCCCUGCUCUAGCCCUGCCACUCCCACUGUAAAUGAUUCCAUGCAUCAGUAAAGCAGCUGCCUCAGU